AUGACCUCGUCGCCCGACACGGCUGCUUUGCUCGUUCGAGUCAACGGCUACGUGAACUGGAUAGCGACUACAUUGAUUGCGUACAACUAUGUACUCAAUCUUGGUCAAGAGAUCGACCUUGUCUGGUGUCACAAGCGCUCCUCCACAAUAUUCAAAGCCAUUUACGGGAUAUUACGAUACGGCGGUCUCACGUUCUUUAUAAUCUUUCAGCUAAAUGAGUUUCUUGUUGUAACCUAUGCGGUAUGCUAUGCGUAUCUGAUCGUCGACAACGCAGUAUAUUUGCUUGUGAUCGCCACUUUGCAAGGCAUGAUGGCAACGAGGGUAUACGCCAUGUCAAGGCGGUCCAGGACAGUCUUCUUUGUCCUGCUCGUAGGUUUCGUGCUAGCGCAGGCUGAGAGUGUCGUUUCCACAUACGCUGCUAUCUUCCCUAUAGAGUUCGAAGGGAACUCUUCCGGUGCUACCAACACCGGGAGCUGCGGGCCUAUUCUAUCACCGAGCAAAACGUGGCUGAACGUCUCCGGCAACAUCGUCCUCGCCGGCUACGAGCUCCUCUUGGCCGUCGUCGCGCUCUAUUAUUUCCGCAAAGACUUGAAGAACAUCCUUCGCCACUCGAUCGCUAGCUUCAUGAACGUCGUCUUCAGAGACCACAUCGUCUACUUCCUUUUAACUUUCCUCGCCAUGCUGUUCAGCGCCGUCUCCCUGGCGCUUCAAUCGGCCGCAUCAGUCCAGGUGAUCCAAAACUUCCGCGCUGCGAGAAUUUGGCCGGCUAACGAUCAAAUACGCAGUCCGACGCUGGAGAAACGCUCACAGUCUGCGCCGCCGUAGGAGGAAUGCUCUGGAUCCUUCAAACGUGCAUGGCAGGGCCUCUCAUGAUGCUCAGCAUCCGGCGCCACGAGGCCCGUGUCAGGGGGUUUGGAACCGGCGGAACGGAGCAUGCGAUCCCUCUCACAAUAUCGUCGGGUCUUCACAGCGAGGGCAACAUGCAAAUGGAGACGCUACGAUACAGUAAGGGUUAGAAGGCGUCGAUUAUUCCGGAGACAAAGUCGUCGGGACGUCACAUUCUGUUGAUCUUUGUAUUACUCUGUACCGGUUCAUGGGCCACUACGCAGCCUCUCAUGCGCUUGUUGACUCUGACCUGUAACACCUAUUGCCUUUCACUCGUUGACUUCGACCUAUACCCUUCGUUAACUCUGACCUAUACCACUCAUUGACUCAACCUGUACCACUCAUUGACCCC